AGGAAUGCAUUAGCUAAAUCAAUCAUUCAAACUUCAAUCACACUCUGCAUUUAUUUGACUACUUGGUACAAGAUGACAAUUUUGUGCACUAACGACAUAGUUUUUGAGUUGUGAAAGACUCUCCUUGGGCACCCGACUUGCAUGCGUCGCAAAAUGUCGGUUUUUAGAUUAAUCAUUAAAUCACCACUUUCAAAAAUAUUCAACAAUUUGUCAAAAUGUUUAUCACAACAUCUACAGAAAAAGUUCAAUGACAUUAAAUCUUCACAGUACCUUCACAAGACUUCAAUAUACCAACAAGCGCCGGUCGCAUAAGGAAUACCCACCUUUCUGGUGAAAAUUGCAAUAAAUACGGGAUAUUUCCAACCGGUCCAUGGCUAACCUAUUUAUUUUUUCUUUGAUAGAAGUCGGAUAGGAAAAAAUUAUUAACUUGGAAAAAAAUUUAGAACAAAUAGUUAGACGUGCAUUUUGCACUACUUCAGUACCUCAAACUUGUCAGUUCACAAAGAUCUUGUGUAGUUCAUAAAUUUAGCAUGUUUAGUACCUCUCUUACUGAUCACCUCUCAUUGAACAACUUUUGUGUUGUUUAUUUUCUACAGUUCUGAUUUUGGAACUAUCAUAUAUUUUUUGCGUAAUUAAUGACAAAAAUAGGAAGAAACUCUCGACUGGCUCGGAUAUUACUUUUUGUAUUUUCUGUUGUAACUUUCAUAUGGUACCAAGUACCUCAGUUUUUAUAUUAUUUUUAAUUUUUCUCGAUAAUAUUUCGAUACAUCAGGGCAUAGCUAGAGGACACUUUGAAGAUUUAAUGUAUUUCACAGGCACUUUUUGAUCUUUGUUGGAGAUAUUUUUGCCGCUUUCAUUCUACAUUUGAUGACAAUUGUUGACUGUUUUGCAAAUAAAGUGGUUUGAAUCAG